AGUAAUUUUCUAAGAUGGCGACGAAAAAAACGCGUCUUGUGUGAAUGUAAUCAUAACAAAUUGUGAUUUUUAUUAAUAAAUGUGUUUAAAAUUGCAAAAAAACUGUGUAAUAAUAUUAUUAACAUUGAAGUGUAUAAAAUACAUAUAAAAUUGUGUAUGAAAAUAAAGUGAAAAUGGCUACAAAUAUGUAUCGUGUCGGAGACUAUGUCUAUGUAGAGACAUCUCCGAAUAGUCCAUAUCUAAUACGUCGCAUUGAAGAAUUGAAUAAAAGUCAAAGUGGUAGUGUUGAAGCCAAAGUAAUGUGCUUCUAUAGAAGAAGAGAUCUUCCAAAUACCUUGGUUCAAUUAGCUGAUAAACAUCAACUGGCCACAGCUGAAGACUCACCACUGGCAAUGAAGCUGAAGAAAACAUGGCUUAGAACACCAGUAGGAGAAGAACAAGCGGCACAAGCUGUUCUUGAUCCUUCGAUAGCUGCCCUAGAUGAAGAACGUACAAGUCCUGUUUCUGCUGCCGGUGAUAAAGUAACAACGGGCCAUAAUGCUUCAUCAGGAACAUCGGAAAAAGGUGAACCCUUAACGGCUAAACAACGUUAUCAAAUCAAACAUCGUGAACUGUUUUUGUCGCGACAAGUUGAAUCAUUACCCGCCACACAAAUAAGAGGCAAAUGUUCGGUGACACUGCUUAAUGAAACGGAAUCACUGCAAAGUUAUUUAAAUAAAGACGAUACGUUUUUCUAUUGUUUGGUCUUUGACCCCACUCAAAAAACUCUUUUGGCUGAUAAAGGUGAAAUUCGUGUUGGUAGUCGUUAUCAAAGUGAAAUUCCCGCUAAGCUUAAAGACAUUACCACCGAUGAACGCAAAUUAGAAGAAUUAGAAACUUUAGUAUGGACUCCAAGUCAUGUAUUAACAGAUCGAAAAAUUGAUCAGUUUUUGGUUGUAUCGCGUUCCAUUGGGACAUUUGCACGAGCUUUGGAUUGUAGUAGUUCGGUUAAACAGCCUUCAUUACAUAUGUCUGCGGCAGCAGCAAGUCGCGAUAUUACUCUGUUUCAUGCCAUGGACACUUUGCACAAACAUAAUUAUUCCAUUGAAGAGGCAAUGUGUUCUUUAGUUCCUUCCACUGGUCCAGUUUUAUGUCGUGAUGAAAUCGAAGAUUGGAGUGCUUCUGAAGCAAAUCUAUUUGAAGAAGCCUUAGAUAAAUAUGGAAAAGAUUUCAAUGAUAUACGACAAGAUUUCCUGCCCUGGAAGACAUUAAAACAAAUUAUUGAAUAUUACUACAUGUGGAAAACGACAGAUCGUUAUGUCCAACAAAAACGCGUUAAGGCUGUGGAAGCGGAACUAAAGUUGAAACAAGUAUAUAUUCCGCAGUAUAAUGCUACUACUACAACAAAGGGUAAUAGUGGUGGUGUUGGAGCAACAACAGUUACAAAAGCUGGUGUUUUCAAUGGCACAACAAAUGGUGGUCCGGAUGUCUCAAAUAUGGGCAAACCUUGUGAAUCUUGCUCAAAUAUUAAAUCAUCACAAUGGUAUCCUUGGAAUAGUGGCAAUGUGCUCACGCGUCUGUGUCAAACGUGUUGGGAUUAUUGGAAAAAGUAUGGUGGUCUUAAGAGUAAAAAUGAUGGCAGUAUAGAAGAUAGUAAGAAGAAAGUGAUUGCCGACGAAGAGGAAAAAGUUAGUGAUUUAUCAAAUCGUUCAUUGCAUAAGAGGCAAUUUUAUAGGUGUUCAAUUGUUAAUUGUGGCAAAGAAUUUAAACUAAAAACGCAUCUUGCUCGUCAUUAUGCCCAAGCUCAUGGCAUAGCAAUUAGUUCCAGUUCGCCCAGACCGAUAAUGAAGACACGUACUGCAUUCUAUUUGCACACGAAUCCAAUGACCCGACUGGCGCGCAUCAUUUGCAGGAAUAUAAUAAAACCUAAAAAAGCUGCCCGACAGAGUUCAUAUGCAAUUAAUACACAGCUAGUGAAGCAAGAAUUUACAACUCGCAUGUCUGGAAAAUCAGCUACAGAUAUAAAGAAUAUUUUGUUGCUGAAAAAGAAAGAUCGUGGUAGUGUUACUAAGAUAGCUAAUCGUUUGGGAUCACCAGGUAUUGGACCACAUGAGUGGUUAGUUUUGACUCCAAAAGAUAAAAUGCCAAAACCAGAUGUGGUUUACUUCCCAAAACCACCGAAGGGCCCAGACGGCAGUCUACUCUACGAUCGUAUACCCAAUAAGAUUAUUGAUCUGGAAAAAGAUAUAACAAUUAUACCGACACCAGCUCCUUCUGUAAUGCGUAAAAGACCUCACGAAGAAACACAACUAAAUGGAACAGAAGUGACUAUCGUACCGGCUGGACCACCUACUAAGAGACCCAACAAAGAUCCUAUGCCCUCACAUUGUCCGAGUCCUGAGCAAUUUGCUGCUAUGAUGGCUGCCUCGGGUCAACCAUUGUCAAGACAUCAUCUUAAUGGAAAACCGAAAAUUGCUCAAAUGGCGCGUACAGGUAAUGGUCGCAAACAGGUUAUUAGUUGGAUGGAUGCGCCAGAUGAUGUUUACUUUAGAGCAACAAAUGCCAGCAAAAAAGCGCGUAAAUUUUUAUCACCAACAGAUCUAAGAAGGGCAGCCCGUAAACCCUGGCGUAAUAUUCCUAUAGCAGCAGCUGUAAAACCCCAUAUAGCCAGCAGAGCUAUUAAGUCAGAGGUUGUUAUAUUAGACUGACCGUCAUCAGCGGCAUCUUUAACAUCAACCACUUCAUCGUCAUCAUCAUUGAUUGAACAACCACAAAUUAAUAAGCAUUAUCGCCAACAACUUCCAACUAUACAACAACAACUUAAAAAACAGCAACCAUUUCGUUACACCAUGGAUGCUCUGUUGAACUAAAAAUUUGAAGUUUCAAAACGAUGAAAUGUGGAAGAAUGAUAAUUGCUUCAGUGUUUUUUUUUUUAAUUCUUGUAUAUAAAUUAAUUAUUAAUUGCAACAACUGAAGGAUAACAAGUUGAUUGUUUAAAUAUGAGCUAUAUACAUACAUUAUACUAGAUAUACAUAGGAGUAUAUUUAAAAGAAAUUGAAGUGAAAAAUUAUGAAUUUUAAGGACAACGACGAAUAUAAUAAUAUUAUAUAUACAUACAUAUAUAAAAUGAAACAAAACUCUAUCUUAAACCCAAAUUCCCCCACUUCUACUUGACUAUUUUUCGAUUGAUUUUGUUUUUUUUUUUUUGUUUGUUUCUUAAGCCUUAAAACAAACAUGAAUAUUCUUUAAGCUGAAAAAAGUUCUCAACCUCCUCCCUUAUUUAAAACAACGCCUAAAACAAAGUUUAAUCCAGGAAAUAAUGACAACGGGAGAGGGAAUAAAUAUUUUGUUUAAAUUAUAAAUUUAUUGUUAUAUAAUAUUUUUUAUUAUUUUUAUAAUUCUAAGGUUUUAGCAUAAAUACAUAAUUUUCCUUGAUUCUGGCCAGGUUUUAUAAUAUGAAAAUACUACUAUACAUAUAUUUCAUUAAUGCUAUUUAGUUUUUUACAGCUUGUGUUCAGUGUUUGUUUAAAUAACUAAUAGAUAAUAUGUAGGUAGAUAAGUGGCAGUAUUUAUAAAAGAAUUCUAUUGAUAUACACAUUUAAAAGAAGUUUUUGCCUGACAAGUAUUUAUUACAAAGCGACAUAAAAUGUCGCUAGAGUACAUAUUUAUAAUACAAAUUUUUAUAAGUAUAAAAAGCUUAGUUUUGAAUUUAAAUAACGUUUAAUAAAAAUAGUUAAGUGUAGGACUCAAAGCUCUAAAAUAUUUCUUAGUUGUGCAAUAACACCAAUUCAUUCACCAAUUUUUGAAGUUUCUUGUAAUAAAUAUUUGUCGCGUAUAGAUUUCCUAUUAACGUAACAGUUUUCACAUACUAGAGUUUUUUUUUAUAAAUACAGCAAAUUGAUUUUGUCUAUUAGGUUUAUAAACUACUUUACAAAUUUUUGUAAAUACCUAUUGAAAAUAUUUAUCAAGAAAUCUUUACAACUAGUUUGUUUUCAGUUGCUUCUACGGCUCAAUUUCCCAAUGUGUUGGUUGAAAUUAUAAAAUAAAUAAUUUAUUUCAUUUCUAAUUUGACUUAAUAAUAACAUGUCAAUUAAAGACUAUACUACUUCAUACCCCCCAAUGAAAUCAAUCGAAUUCGUUUAUUUUAUUGGUUUUUUUUUUUAAUAAAUACAAACAUAAAAUUAAAUGAAAUUAUUACAUAUAAAAAAAUAGUAAAGAUAUAUGUAGCAUGACAUAAAAUGUUUAUAAAACAAAAAAAUAUAAAUUAUUUUUAUACUUAAAACCUCCCACACACCAUUUUUUACAUUAAAGACAAGAAAAAAUAAUUCGAAUUUUAAUAAAAAGUAACAACAAAAAUACGUAUAUUUCAAAAUAAAAACAUCAUCAAAUAUAAUAAAAAUAGUUAAUAAUUCCAAUACAAAAAAAAGGCAAAUUAAUCCGUAAAUAGCUGACAUUUGUUCAACAUUUUUUCUAAAGAUUUUGUAACAGAAAAUUAAAUAAAACUAAAAAAUUCUUAAAUUUCUAUGAACAAUAUAAAAUCUUUCAGACAGAAUUUGACAAGUUAGGAUUAAAUUUAAUUUUAAAAGCUUAAAUUUCACAAUUAAUGUUAAACAUGAAAUUUCACAUGCAUAACUUACAUAUUUUUCUGUAAAAUGUUUACAAAAUUACUAAUGCUGUGAAAUGUUUUUAUUUCUAUUAUUAUUAAAUUCUUUUUAACAUUUUUGGGGUUUCUACUGUUUAUGGUUUAAACGUUUUUUAUCUUUGUUGCUUAUUUUAUAAACUAAUAACUAUUCAAAACUUAACUGCAAAAACAAAUUUUAAUUACAUUUAUUUUAUUUAUUCAAUUAUUGUCUUCCUAAUAUUUUUGGUUAUAUUUUUUUUUUUUUACAAAAAAACAAUUUUUUCAGUUACCGAAAAUACGUAUUUUUUAGGACAAAGUCGUCUUAAAUAUAU